AUGUUCAGAGUAAUAAACAGCGGCGAUGAUUACAGUCCGGCGGCACAGCAACCACCUACCCAAGCGUUUGGGAAAACCACUUCCUUGCCCUGGAUGGGCAAUCCUAGCUCAAAUUAUUGGUGUGAAACAGGAGGAAGUGGUAGGGACAACAGCUGUCAGGACCGCAUCAAACGACCCAUGAAUGCUUUCAUGCUGUGGUCUCGAGACCAAAGGCGCAAGGUGGCUCUAGAAAAUCCCCAGAUGCAAAACUCAGAGAUCAGCAAGCGACUAGGAUGCCAAUGGAAAAUGCUUACAGAAGCCGAAAAACGUCCAUUCUUCGACAGGGCUCAGAGACUACGGGACGAACAUCGAGAGAAAUACCCGGACUACAAAUACAGACCUCGUCGGAAGGCCAAGGUGCCGCAGAAAACUGACGACUCGCUGCCCGCAGACUCCUCUUCAGCACGGGUGCAAAUGGACGGGAAGUUGCACCCCAGCACAUAGACGGACAUUUCUAGUAAGGCUACACACUCACGAAUGCAGGAGCAGCUAAGCCGCCCACAACCCGUGAACAGAGGCAGUGGGUUUGCGACAGGAGCAGGGCAGCAACUCUACAAGCCUGCAUGA